GCCACUGACGACAGCCAGCAGUCACACACACACACACAGAUACACACACACACUGCUGUGCUGUGUGAGUGUGAGGCUGUGUGGAGAGACUGCAUCAAGGAGAGAGAACUGUGCGCGCUCGCAUCGGGAGCGGUGCGUGGGAGUUGUUCUCUCUCUCUCGCUCUCUCUCUCUCUCUCUCUCUCUCUCUCUCUCUCUUUCUCUACCUGCCAUUUGCAUUCCUUCUUUAUUCUCCACACUCAUCCUCGGACGAGUUCGGGCGCACAGGGAGUCCCAUUAAACCCAGGGAGGAUCGCGCUGUGCCUCGGCUUGGUGUGCGUGUGUGUAUGUGUGUGUACGUGUGUGUGUGUGGGUUGCCUGUUUUUAAGUACAGCUGUCAUCUUUAGAGCCGCGGUGCCGACGUUGAGGAGAAACUCAUUGGGAAUCUGCAAGGAAACGGCGGGCUGCUGUCUUUUCUUCCUCUCCUCCUCUUCGUUCUUUUUUUCCUGAGAGCUGUCUUUCAAGGCGAUGGACUUGAGAUAGUGCGUCUCAAUUUGAGUGUUGGUGGCUGGGAGUUGCCGUCGGGGAGACAUGCGAAAGGAUGCUUGGAUUCAGUGAAUUCUACAGCAGGUAACCGAUAAGAUGGUGGCCAGGGAAGCGACUGGGCACAGCUACCUGGUGGCUUGCUGGCAGCCCAUUCUGAUCCUGAUGCUGGGCACCGUGCUGUCUGGCUCCACCACAGGCUGCCCAUCCCGCUGUGAGUGCAAUGUUCAAGAGCGCUCUGUAAUGUGCCACCGCAAGAAGCUCAUGACAGUUCCCGAGGGCAUUCCUGCGGAAACGAAACUGCUGGACCUCAGCAAGAACCGCAUAAGAACCAUCAACCCGGACGAGUUUGCUGCCUUUGCAAACCUUGAGCACCUGGAGCUCAGUGAGAACACCAUCUCCACCAUCGAGCCUGGAGCUUUUAACAACCUUUAUGGCUUGCGGACAUUGGGACUGCGAAGCAACAAGCUUAAGCUGAUCCAGCUUGGUGUCUUCACAGGCCUGAGCAAUCUCACACAGCUGGACAUAAGUGAGAACAAAAUUGUCAUCCUGUUGGACUACAUGUUCCAGGAUUUGUACAACCUUCGGUCUUUAGAGGUGGGUGAUAAUGACCUGGUUUUCAUCUCUCAUCGGGCUUUUCACGGUCUAAGUAGCCUUGAGCACCUGAGUCUUGAGAAGUGCAACUUGUCCUCUGUGCCAACAGAGGCUUUCACCCACCUCCACAGUUUGAUCACUCUCAGGCUCCGCCUCCUCAACAUCAAUGUGAUUCGGGAUUACUCUUUCAAACGGCUCUAUCGACUGAAAGUGUUGGAAAUAGCCAAUUGGCCAUAUUUGGAUACCAUGACCCCAAAUUGCUUGUAUGGAUUGAAUCUCACCUCCCUGACCAUUGCAAAUGCCAACCUGACCACAAUUCCCUACGUCGCCCUAAGGCACCUGGUUUAUUUGCGCUUUCUUAAUCUGUCGUAUAACCCUAUUCACACCAUUGAGGGGAAUAAGCUCCAUGAUCUUCUGCGUCUGCAGGAAUUCCAUCUGGUAGGAGGCAGACUGGCAAUGAUUGAGCCCUACUCCUUCCGCGGACUAAACUACCUGAAAAUUCUAAAUGUGUCUGGCAACACUCUGAGCACUUUGGAGGAGGCUGCUUUCCAUUCAGUUGGCAACUUGGAAACCCUUGCUUUGUACGACAACCCCCUGGCUUGUGACUGCCGACUGUUAUGGGUCUUCAGACGGCGCUGGAGACUGAAUUUCAACAGGCAGCAACCGACCUGCGCCUCCCCUGAGUUUGUCCAAGGCAAAGAAUUCAAGGACUUCCCCGAUGUUCUUCAGCCUAACUACUUCACGUGUCGCAAGUCUAGGAUUAGGGAUCGCAAACCCCAGCAGAAGUUUGUUGAUGAAGGAGCUAUUGUUCAUUUUGCUUGCCAAGCAGAUGGAGAUCCUGCUCCAGUGAUAAUGUGGUUAUCCCCACAGAAAAAAAUUAUCACCACCAAGACAAUUGGAAGGCUCUCUGUGUUGCCCGAUGGUACCCUUGAGGUGCGCUAUGCUCAGAUUCAGGACAAUGGUACAUACGUAUGUAUAGCUAGCAAUGCUGGUGGAAAUGACACCUCUCUGGCUCACCUGCACAUUCACAGCUACUCACCUGACUGGCCACACCAGCCCAACAAGACUUUUGCCUUCAUCUCCAACCAGCCCACAGAAACUGGUUCUAAUGAUACAAGGGCCAACGUUCCUUUCCCCUUUGAUAUAAAGACGUUGAUCAUCGCCACCACCAUGGGCUUCAUCUCUUUUCUGGGUGUUGUCUUGUUUUGCCUGGUGCUGCUCUUCCUUUGGAGCAGAGGUAAAGGCAACACCAAGCACAACAUCGAGAUCGAGUAUGUGCCAAGGAAAUCGGACGCUGGCAUGAGCAGCAGCACGGUGGAUGCUCCUCGCAAGUUUAACAUGAAAAUGAUCUAAAAGGAGUUGUGGAAUUUUGAAUUUUGGAACUCAAAAAAUAAGACAAAUGGAGAAGAGGACACUUUCUUUUCUCUCUUACAAACCUGUGGAUCCUGGUCUGUUAACAUAGAGUAAAAUGUUUUUUCCUGACUGAAGCACUAGAGAGGAGGGCAGUUCCUGACUUUCACAUGUGAGAGGGAAUGAAAGCACAUCCAGUGCGAAAGGGCAUUGGUGGUUUCUACAAGGCCUGUAAGGGCAUUAAUUCAGAGUCAGAUUUGUCAUAAGCAGUUCAUAUUCCUGUGGAUUUAUACUGGGAAAAAUAUCAGAAAAGAAAAACACUUCUAGCUGCCAGAUUCGAGGGGCAGAUCAUAUUUUGGCCAUUGCUGUUUUUGUCUGUGUUUUUAUUUUAGUGUUAGUUUUAUUUUUCAAAGUUAGAUGAAGGAGAUUUGUAUGGGUUGAUGAGCACAUUUAUACAACAUUGAUGCAUUUCAAGUAUAUCAUCAACACAUCAGUGUAAUAAUUGUGAAUGCUACGUGCUGCAUAUGAUCUUUUUUUGUUCCAGCAGUGAUGAUUGUUCUGUAAUCCAUUAAAUGUAUAUCUGUAUCACAAAAUCCGAUCAAGAUGGUUGAAAAAGUGAGCUCCCAAAAGUAAGCAGAAAUACAUAACGUAGCUUUGCCUACAUAUUAUAAUUUUAUGUCACACAAACUUAAGUUGACUGUCACAGGAGAGGAUUCAGAGUCUUUCUCUUGACCAAAAAAGUGCAAAGUAUGGUAAUCUUUGAAAGUUUACAUCGGUCUUUAUGUGGCCAAAGAAACUGAAUGAUAGAAAAGUAGAGCAGUCAUAAAGAGAUACUCUGAGCAAAUUUGAAUAUUGAUAUCAAUUGGCAGCAGUGCACUGUAAAAAUAGGCCAACUGGUUUGUGAAUAUUGCGUUUGUAGAAAGAUGAAACAAUAUUUAGUGUUGAAAAGUAUAGACGCCUGUUGUUAAAUUUGGCUUUUAGAAUGGGAUUUAAGCUUUGGGGAAAUGCUCUGUUAGAUCUCUAUGAGCCCAGUAAAUGAUAUCAGUAUCAGUGUCACUCAUGCCUAAUUUUCAGAUGGAACCCAGACAGUGCACAGAUGGAUUGAGGGGAUGAUACAGAAGGGAAUGUGGAAUGUAGUUGAUAUGAUGCUCUGUACCAACAAUAAAGCAGCAUCUAUCCCCCGGCUCUUCCAUCAAACAGAAUGGUUCGUACUGGCACCUUGAUACUGUCGGCGCUUAUCCCUGACUUUUUUAAAUCACAUUUCAAAAACUAUUAUGUAAUGGUUUUAUUUUGUGCUCAAGAAGAUUGUGAGGAAUCAAACUGUGGUGCUCAUGUUUUUUGGAUACAAUGUGCUCCUCAAGCUGUAGAAUAUUUCUUUCAUUGUUGAUUCUGUUUUUUGAUUGUUUUAUGAAAUUAACAAUUUAUUUAUGCCGAUGCUCCCCCCCAUCAAAGCCAUGGAAAUACUUCCUUCCAGGAUCAUUUUACAAGUUUGCUAUCCUCCCGAGAAAUGUGCAGCGUGUGUCAGGGGAAACAGAACUGCGCUUAUUAUGCUCCCAGUCUGCCUGCAUAGAAAAUCUGAGGUUACAGCCGUACCUUUCCAAGUACACACUGUGGACAGCUGGGCUUUACAAACGUGUGUGAGGAUAAAGGCUAAGUUAUUUAUGAUGGAUGACAUUACAGACAGCAACACAGUAAUGGGCUGGAAGUAUGGACAGAAUAUGCAGAUGGUUGGAGUGACACAGAUGGUUUCACCCAUGGAGCAAUCUGAAGCAGCUUUGGUGUAAUCCGUUUUGCAUAAAGGAAAAAAAAACACUGGAUAUGGCUCAUGGUUCUCCCUCUUGCUGAUUAUGAAUGCUCUCUUUGUUCAAAGUGUGGCUACCGUACCUAGCCUUUUUUGGUCCCGAGUGAUCCCGGGAUCCUCUUUUUCAUUUCCGUUAUUCCUUUUUUUAUUUUCACCCUGGACUAUAUUGAUUAAUGUAGUCCGAGCCAACUUUUUACUAAAAAAAAAGGUACUAAAAAGAAAUCUAUGGAAAAUACAUUCAAAUUGUUCUGUGCAAUAAAGGUAAUAUGCAGAUUUUUUUUUUAAUUAACAAAAUUUUGUUGAUGUUGAAUUGUUGAGAAUAUGGUAUGUUGUAUUAAACAAUCUAUGGACUUUUUUAAACACA